AUGUGUGCUGCGUUGAAGUUUAGGGUUGCGUUUGAGAAGCUUCUAGCAGAAGAUAUGUUGUACAAUGAUUACUUCAACGAAGAAGAAGAGACUGGACAUAAAAGGGUUGAACCUCCAACUUCUCACGGGUGGGAAGAAGUGCAGAGGUUACUGAAGUUUCUCAAGCUCUUUUUUGGUUGCACGUUGGCGUUUUCAGCAUCCAAGACAGUCACUUCAACUAUAUGUUACAAUGAGAUUGUUGUCAUCGAGAGGAACCUCAUCAGUUUGAGCAACAACAGAGAUGGACUUCUUCAGAUUCAAGCAAGGGAGAUGAGGAACAAGUUUGAGAAAUAUUGGGAUGACCUUAUCAAUAUGAAUCCACUUAUCAUCAUUGCAAGCGUGUUUGAUCCAAGAAACAAGAUGCAGUUUGCUUGCAUUUGCUUUGACAAGCUCUACGGUAAGGACAGUGUCGAGAGUACCCAUCUUAGAAGCUCAAUUAGGACUUUGCUGAAAGAUCUGUAUGAGGAGUAUGCAGUAAAGAUGCACCCACAAUCUCAAGGAGAUAGUAGUGCUGGUAACAAUAGUAAGAAUGUCGAACAUGAGACUUGUAACAUGUUUGACAUUUCUGAUGAUGAUGAAGAGUAUGAGGGGAGGGAUUCUUUGUACUCAGUGAUGGAGUCAGAGGUUGCAAAUGAUGAAAGCAGUAGCGAGCUUGAUAUUUACAUGAUGGAAAGACCAGUGCCACGAACCUCACACAGGAUGGGAAGGGAAUUUGAUGUUUUAGGAUGGUGGGGUCGUAAUGCUACGAAGUAUCCAGUUCUAUCAGAUAUGGUGAAGGAUGUUCUAGCUAUCCAGGUCUCUUCGGUUGCUUCAGAGUCGGCAUUUUGUACUAGUGGAAGGAUUUUAGAUCCAUAUCGAAGCUGUCUUACACCCUACAUGAUCGAAGCACUCAGACUCUGGAACUACCAACACAAGCUGAGAAUUAGAGGUUGGAGUGUGAGAGUGAGCGUGGUGAUGGCCUGUCCUUUUUUGGCUCUUGUUCUCUGUUUCUGGACUUAA